AUGAACGCAGCCAUAGUGGUGGUGCUCAGACACUUGAUAAGAUCGGCAGCGCUGAUCGUCGUCGCCGAUGUCGUGGUGUGGACCGUGACAUCCUUCGCGGGCGACGUUGCGCCAACGUUGCAAUCGCUAUUGGCUUUCAGCACCAUCUCUGCAACUUACUACGGCAUGUACGUCGCGAGGUGGAAUCGCUCGCUAUUCGAUGCGAUGACGCGAACGAUCACCGCUGCGACGGUCGGGUCUUGUGUGGUGAUUUUUGGUAACGCGAUGGCGCUGCGGGUUGUUCCUCGUUCGCUUGCUGACGUCGUUUUCAUAGUUAUCGUCUCCACACUCUCGUCUCUUUUCGGCGUGUACGCCAUGGACUUACGCUUGCACAGUGUGACGACGAGACGAUCACCGAUGAGGCUUUUGGCGGACUCUACCCUUCAUGGAACGUGGUGUUCCGUCGCGGGCAUCGUGUGUUGGGCCUACGCUUUCAGUGAGCUCAUCCCUACUCUCACUUUUGUAGAUACGUGCGCAUGGAGUUCGUUGAUCGCUUUUGUUUUCUCGGCUGCGCUUCGUUGGCUUAGAGCGAUGCACGUGUUAUACACCGUGGACCACUGGAUAAUCCGCACCAUCAUGACAAAAACGCAGAAAGUUUCGGAGCGAAUUACGAGGAGUAUGCCCAGUUUUGUCACGGAUGUCGAUGUUCUCUCUAGUGCGAAUGUUCCGCGUGCAGCCGAAAGGCCGGAAUCCUCUAUUGAGCUGUUGCGAUCGGCCCGUAUCAUGCCAAUCUUCACAGAGCCUCAGGCUGAAGUGCAGCAAGAAGUUGACGCUGAAGAUAUCACUGACGAGCCCACCUCGUUGCCCGUCAUUGAAGAUGCCAUGUCAGACACGCACGACAACACGCAUGAGACCGACGACGACCUAGCGGAAUGGUCCGUUCCUAGACGUAUCGUUUACGCACCACCGUUCACGGUUGUGCGAGAGCUGUCCGCAUCAAUGAUAGCGUCUUCCUCGGCGUCAACGAAAUCUGUCGACGAGCCGUCGUCAAAACAGUGCAGACGAAGAGUUCGCAAGCGCCAGUAUCGUCGCCGACGCACGGCGACGGAUCGGAAUAUCGAUAUGAGCCAGAUCGUCUCAAGCGAAAUUGAUAUCGCUUUGAACAUCGGCGUUUCUAUCGAGGCAGAGCUUGAGAGAGUACUUGAACGCCGCCAGGCACGGCUCGCUGAGCUCAAAAACCAGAACGCCAACCCAGUGUCCAUUGCACAAGUCGAGGCGGAUGUAAGUGCGAUACGUGCGGAGCUAAGAAGAGCGUCAUCAACUCGCGAGCGAUUUCAAAGCGCUCAAACUUCAUACGAAUCCGAUUUGGAAAUAUGGAUGGAGUCCAUACGCGCGGCCGCGGCAGUUUCUCGCUUAGAUUAUGCCAUUGACAAGCUCAAAAGCGCUUCCGUGAAAGAUGACCCACAGAUCAAGGAUCUCAUUGAUCAGAGAGCAGUUUGGGGUCUGAGACUGGUUAGCUCUCAGAUCUUCACAAUCGUCGAGCUCCAAGAUUCUCUUGACACCGGCAAAAAACGAUCAUCGGCUGUCAUAGCGGAUCUUCGUGCAAACAUAGAAACUCUUGAACGCAAGUUGUCCCAGCUGCAAGAGCAAGAAAUCAACAGUGGUUGCAAACGUGAAGAGCUAGAAGCUCGCCUUUUAAGCAUAACGUCCGAGCUUGACACAGUGCGCGAGCGGGAGCGUAUCGCGCUGGAGGACUGGCGGAAGGAACGCGUCAAACUAGAGAUUGAAUUAGAGGCAUCUGUCAAGGAGUUGCAAACGGCCACGAGGACUGUUGACGAGGCCCUCAAGGCUAAAAUGGACCUAUUAGCGGAGUUACAAAGCGCAGAAGAAAAGAGCGAGAGUGAUGCGCAGAUAAUUCAGCGUCUUGAGCAUGAAACAAGAACGCUUCAAGCAAAGCUGCAAUCACUUAGCGCACAGUUAUCAGAUGCAAACGCCAGUAUAGAACAAAUUAAUGGUCGGCGAUCCGAUUUAGAAGCGGAAUUGCAAAUCAAAGUGGCGGAGUUGGAAGCGGCAUUAUCACAUGACGCUGCUGAUAGCUUGGUUGAAGAUUUGAAACGUGAAGUUGACAGCCUGAACGUCGAACUAAAUAUGCUCAGAGAGCAGAGAGCAGCGGAGAUGAGUGAUGUAGAGUUACUCCUUAGAAAACAGCUAGCGGAGGCGCAAGAACAGCUUGAGGCUCAGCGGGUUGAGUUGAAGCGUGAAGCACAAGCCGAGAUAGACGCUCUGAACAAUGAGAUGGACAGUAUUCGAAAAGAAAUGGAACAAUUAGCCACAGAAAUGUCCGACAAAACGCGACAGGGUUUGGACUAUCGUAAACAAGUUGAGGAGCGCCAGUCAGAGAUAAAAGCGUUGAAGAGAUGUGAAGAAUCUGCGUCGCGGGCGCUCGCAGACUCAAAAGCAAAGCUCGCUCAGGUGGAAGAAGAGCUCGAGGCAAAACAACGAGUGCUCCAAGAACGAAUUGAACUGGCUGCUAAUCAAACCGAGCUAGAGUCCAAGCUCGCGGAUUCUGAGGCUGAGCUCGAGCGCGUGCGCCAGGAUCUGUCAUCACUUAAGAACGAGCGUGACUCGAUUGAAAUCGAACUCGAGCGCGUGCUUUCCGAUGAGCUUCCGGAAGUCGAGCAUCUGCGUUCGCGUCUUGCUACUGUUGAAUCUGAGCGCGACGUGCUUCGUACAGAGCUCAGUGAUGCAAUGUCUCGACAAGUUGCUUCGUUGUCUGAUUUUGAUGCGCAGCGUGGUGCUCUUGAGGCGCAGCUCGCUGCCCGCGACGCCGAGCUGGAGCGCGCGCGCCAGGAUCUGUCAUCACUUGAGGACGAGCGUGACUUGAUUGAAUUCGAGCUGGAGCGUGUGCUUUCCGAUGAGCUUCCGGAAGUCGAGCAUCUGCGCUCGCGUCUUGCUGCUGCUGAAUCUGAGCGCGACCUGCUUCGCACAGAACUCAGUGAGGCGAUGGCGCAGCAGUUUUCGAUGUCACAGUUGACGAAACCUGAACGCCUUGAACUUCAAAGGAAGUACUCUUCUCUGAAGGCCUCACGUGACGCCGACAUCGCCGCAUUGCGUACGACACUCGAAGCAGAGGCGAGGGAACGUGAGAUCGAGGUUGAGCGACUUCGCUCUGAACUCGCUGGUGCCAGUGCACGAUUAUUGCUGCUUCCCUCUGCGCUAUCAACUCCGGUCAACACCAAGAGCCUUCCAUCGCCAAUUUCAAGUGACGAACCGUCCGGUCUGUUGAAGAGCUUUAUGCGUCUAAGCUCAAUGACCAUGGGUAAGUUGAACCUCAGGGCGUACGACUUCUCAAAAGUUAUCGAUACAGCUUCAACGCUGGAGCGCUCGAUUUCUCAGCGCACCCGAGAGCUGAACGAAAGCGUGGAAAAACUGCAGUUAAAAAAACUGGAGAAAGGUUUCAAAUCCAUGAAAGCCAAAUCUGAGAAGUUGCAGCGAAAGAUUGACGAGAAAGAGAGAAAAAUAUCAUCCAUGCGGAUCGACGGUGAUACAAUGCGUACCGAUCGCAAUCAACUCAUCUCUCAAGUCGCGGACCUGAAAGAGGAGUUGAAGUAUUUAAGGGCUGCUGCAGAAAGCGAGCGCUCCGAGCAAAUGCAACUAAUUGAUUCGCUCAGGAUGGAGAUAGAUUUACUGAAAGACAAGAAUUCUUCAAUGUCUCAAGAUGAUCUUGAUGUGCGAAGAGAAGUUGCGAAACUUCAAGGCAUCAAAGUGCGAUUAGAGACUGAGCUUAAGAUGUCCUCACUAAAUGCAGAGGAGGCGAAGCUCGAACUCGAUCGAGUUCGUGAUGAAAAUGAAGGCAUUGUUAAUAAGCUACGCGACGAAAUAGGCGUACUUGAACUAGAUGUGGCUGACAAGGUGGAGGCUAUCAGAGCGGCUGAGGGACGUGCGUUUGAGCUCGAAUCAACAAUGCAAGCCGCACUUGCUGCUGCUGCGAAUGACCUCGAUGAUGUGCUUGCGAAGCUCAACGUAACAUCGACGGAAUUGCUUUCACUCAAAGACAUAUCUGCGCAAGACAAAUCGGCACUUGAGCUGCGCCUCAACGAUCUCCAGACUCGAUUUGAGAAUUCCCAAGCUGAGGCGACACGGCUGUUUGAUGCCAACCGGGUGAUGAGCGAGAAGAUCGCGAACGAGUUCGAUGAACGCAUUCUUUUGAAAGGGAAAGAGCUCGAAAAAGCCAGCGAGCGCCUCGAAGCGCUCAAACAGCAGCUCGAUGAGGCUAACAGCAAAAUAUCUGGACUAGAGGCUCAAGCAGUUAGUGAUCAACUGAUUGUGGAUACGUUGCGAGAGGGAAUACAGUUAGCCGAAAGCCAAUCCGAAGCUGCCGGCUUUAAGAUCGAUGAGUUGACAGACAAAUUGCAAGAGGUAGAACAGAGCAGAGAAGAGCUUGAUCGCAGAAUUCGGCAGCGCGAUAUCGACAUUGGAGCUAUCAAGUCACAGUGUGAUGAUCUUCGUGCAGAGCUCGCUGCCGCUCCAUCUUCCGGUGAGGAUGGUGCGCAGCGUGGUGCUCUUGAGGCGCAGCUCGCUGCCCGCGACGCCGAGCUGGAGCGUGUGCGCGCGGAGUUGAUCGAGUCUCAGGCUUCCGGGGAGUCUCGCUCUGCUCGCAUCGCCGAGCUUGAGUCUGAGCGUGCGUCGCUCCAGUCUGAGUUGGAUGCACUUGCGUGUAAGCUCAGUGAUGUCGAAGCGUCUCAGGUUGCUUCGUCGUCUGAUUCUGAUGCACAGCGCGCUGCAAUUGAGGAACAGCUCACUGCCCGCGACGCCGAGCUGGAGCGUGUGCGCGCGGAGUUGAUCGAGUCUCAGGCUUCCGGGGAGUCUCGCUCUGCUCGCAUCGCCGAGCUUGAGUCUGAGCGCGCGUCGCUCCAGUCUGACUUGGAUGCACUUGCGUCUAAGCUCAGUGAUGUUGAGGCGUCUCAGGUUGCUUCGUCGUCUGAUUUCGAUGCGCAGCGUGGUGCUCUUGAGGAACAGCUCGCUGCCCGCGACGCCGAGCUGGAGCGUGUGCGCGCGGAGUUGAUCGAGUCUCAUGCUUCCGGGGAGUCUCGCUCUGCUCGCAUCGCCGAGCUUGAGUCAAAACUUUCGGCCGUUGAGUCUGAGUGCGGUGCAUUACAGCUUUCACUUGAUGAUAUCGUGCGUGAAAAACUCCUGCUGCAGUCUGCUGCUGAAUCGAGGCAGCUUCAGUUUGAGGAAUUAUCUGAUGUGUAUACUUUGACGAUGCAGCAAGUUCAUCGUCUCCAGGAAGAGUUGCAGUCGGCAUCAAGCGGUCAGGGUUCGGUUACUUCUCUGAAAAAGAAGAUACAGGAACUGAAGGCGAUCAUCAAACAACGUGAGCAGGCACUUUCCGAGGGUUUUUUCGGUCCUACUUUGUUUGAGGACGUUGAUCAAAUCGUUGAGGCGCUCGAGAGGUCAAGAUCUGAACUUGACUUGACUCGCGCUGAGUUGCAAUCAACCCUGGUAGCUCUGAAAGAACGUGAGGAACAAUCCGAAAAGUCUCUGGCUGCUGCGAGUGCAGUAAUUGACGAAAUCCGUUACGAGUUGGAUCGCACCAAGGACGAGUUCAAGGCUCGUGAAAUGACUGCGAAAGAGAUUGAAACCGAUCUGAGAUCCAGGAUAGCCGAGCGGGAUAGUCAAAUUGUUGCGCUUGAAUCCAAGUUGGAUCAGCAAUUGCACCACGAAACGGGCAGCACGACUGCUCCAGACGUACUCAAAAAUCUGCUUUCGGAUCAAGCUGAGGAUCUGAACAGUUUGAAAGCAACUGAGCAGCUCGUCAACGAUCUUCAAGAUUCGGUUGAAGCUCUGCAGCAAGAUGUCAACAGCCGCGAUCAUGAACUUCAUUCUGCGAAUAUGAAAAUCGCGGAUAUGGAAGAGAAAUUGCUGUCAAGUCAGAGUGAUAAAAACGUCUUGAUGAAGGACCUUGAGUCGCUUACGCUCGAGGUACAUAAUCUCGCGAUGGCGCGCGAUGAGGCAGAACAAACUGUCCAUUCACUCGAGAAAAGAAUUUCUUCGCUGCAGGAAAGCGUCGUGUCACAGUCAUCGAAGGAAUCUCCUGAUACGACAAUGGAUAUCUCAUGUGACUCGUCAACCGACCAAAACUCGCGAACAACUGCGUCUUCUUCUAUUGUUGAUGCGAUGAGGCGUGAUAUCGUGCGCCUCGAGUCAGAGCUUGCUGCAGCCCUAGCGGACUCGGAGUGGGGCACUGAAUCUAAUUUGAUAGACAAUGGUUCAGUGCAUGAUGGAUCGGAGGUCAAAAGCCUUCGCUCGCAUCUUGCAGAUGUUGAGUCUGAGCGCGACGGUCUUCGGGCCGAGCUUGCUGAGUUGGAGCGUGUGCGCGCGGAGUUGAUCGAGUCUCAGGCUUCUGGAGAGUCUCGCUCUGCUCGCAUCGCUGAGCUUGAGUCUGAGCGCGCGUCGCUCCAGUCUGAGUUGGAUGCGCUUGUGUCCAAGCUACAUGAACUGGAAGAGGUUCAGGUUGCUUCGUCGUCUGAUUUUGAUGCACAGCGCGCUACGCUUGAGGCGCAGCUCGCUGCCCGCGACGCCGAUCUUGAGCGCGUGCUCAGCGACCAGGCUGAGAGGCAAUCUGCUUUGGAGUCUGAGCGCGACGGUCUUCGGGCCGAGCUUGCUGAGUUGGAGCGUGUGCGCGCGGAGUUGAUCGAGUCUCAGGCUUCCGGGGAGUCUCGCUCUGCUCGCAUCGCUGAGCUUGAGUCUGAGCGCGCGUCGCUCCAGUCUGAGUUGGAUGCGCUUGUGUCCAAGCUUCAUGAACUGGAAGAGGUUCAGGUUGCUUCGUCGUCUGAUUUUGAUGCGCAGCGUGGUGCUAUUGAGGAACAGCUUGCCGCUCGUGAUGUCGAGCUGAAGCGCGCGCGCCAGGAUCUGUCAUCACUUGAGAACGAGCGUGACUCGAUUGAAUUCGAGCUUGAGCGCGUGCUCAGCGACCAGGCUGAGAGGCAAUCUGCUUUGGAGUCUGAGCGCGACGGUCUUCGGGCCGAGCUUGCUGAGUUGGAGCGUGUGCGCGCGGAGUUGAUCGAGUCUCAGGCUUCUGGGGAGUCUCGCUCUGCUCGCAUCGCUGAGCUUGAGUCUGAGCGCGCGUCGCUCCAGUCUGAGUUGGAUGCGCUUGUGUCCAAGCUACAUGAACUGGAAGAGGUUCAGGUUGCUUCGUCGUCUGAUUUUGAUGCACAGCGCGCUACGCUUGAGGCGCAGCUCGCUGCCCGCGACGCCGAUCUUGAGCGCGUGCUCAGCGACCAGGCUGAGAGGCAAUCUGCUUUGGAGUCUGAGCGCGACGGUCUUCGGGCCGAGCUUGCUGAGUUGGAGCGUGUGCGCGCGGAGUUGAUCGAGUCUCAGGCUUCCGGGGAGUCUCGCUCUGCUCGCAUCGCUGAGCUUGAAUCUGAGCGCGCGUCGCUCCAGUCUGAGUUGGAUGCGCUUGUGUCCAAGCUUCAUGAACUGGAAGAGGUUCAGGUUGCUUCGUUGUCUGAUUUUGAUGCACAGCGCGCUACGCUUGAGGCGCAGCUCGCUGCCCGCGACGCCGAUCUUGAGCGCGUGCUCAGCGACCAGGCUGAGAUGCAAUCUGCUUUGGAGUCUGAGCGUGACGCGCUCAUGGCGAAAAUGGAUGCAUUCAUUGUUGAAGAUGGCAAAAUGGACAUUUCAGCGUCUCUUGAGCGAGAGCUGCAAGAGGCAGUCCGUGAGAAGCAGCAAGCAGAGCUAAAAUUGGAAGAGAUUCAAAGCCAGUUGGACGAAGCACGGGUGACGUUGACGCAAUAUGAAAACUCUGUGAGUAUGAGUCCACUGAUUUGGCCACGUACGGAUAUUUCGGUGCUUGCUGGUCUCGAUGAGUUCGCAAGUAGUAGUGCCGAUCUGAGUGCAGAUGGCGUUGCUUGGCUUGAGCACGCUAUCGCCGAGGUGAGGGAACUGGAACGUGUGACAGUCUAUGCAGCUGAUGAGCUAGCUUUACGAGAAGAUGAGCAUGAGCAAGUAGUGUUGAAGCUCGAAGAUGCAAUCAGCAAGCUGGAAAGAGCUCUCGAUGAACAACAAGAGGCAGCAAAUAUUGCUCUGGGCGAUGUAGAUGCCUUGAAGAUUUCUCUAGAUGAGCGUGACGAGCGACUUGAACAACUUCGUUCGCAACUUGAGAAAGCAGUGUCGAACGACAGCACUCGAGAACUCGAACUUAUGAUCGAUUCACUGAAACUGCAACUCAGUGACAAAGAGCUCGAACUUGACGACGCCAUGUCUGCAUACCAUUCCUCAGAAGUCGAAAAGCAAUCUUUGAAGGACGAGUUGUUGCGGUUAAGAGUGGCAGAAAAUGUUCAAGACGAACGGAUGGAACGCGCGAUGAGCGAGAUCAGCCGUCUGAAUCAAGAAUUGGCGAAACGUGCCGCUGCCUUAGAAGCAAGCUGGGAUAAUCUUUCGAACGCGGAAAAUCAGUUCAGGAACGCUGUACGUGAGCGCGACGAAAUACGUGAGAUACUCACGGAGCAACUUGCUGAAAAAGAGCAAGCUCUUAGAGAGGCUGAGAGUAUCGUAGUGCAACAGCUCGAUGUCGAGCGAAAUCUCAGAACCGAAUUGAAAGAGAAACUGAUGAGUGUAGAAGAGUUUACGGCAGCUGAAGAUGACGUCGAAACAUUGGCGGACUCUGCAGCGGACGCAACGGUGCUGAUCGAGACGAUGAGGAAUGAUAUCGCACGUCUCGAGUCUGAGCUUGCAGCGGCUUCAAGUGAUCCGUCGUUCAGCGCCAUACUUCCCGAUGACGCGACUGAGGUCCUCAAAAAAAGACUCAGCGAGGCGAUUACGGUGGUUCAAGAGUCCGAGUCCAAGCGCUUGCUGUUGGAGUCUGAAGUCUCAAGACUACGAAAAACUGCUGAAGUGGAUUCGCUCAUUUCUCAAAUUCAAAAUCUAGAAGCCGACGUAUCCAGGUUGAAUGACGAGGUCACGGAAAAAGAUGAGGUCAUCAUGGAUCUCAACUCACUACUCGGUUCCGCUCCAGAUCAGAAAUCGCUGACUGAAAGUAUGAGAAAUGACAUCGCACGUCUUGAGGCUGAGCUCGCUGCAGCGUUGAGCGACCCGUCCUCUGAUGAACCUGACGCAAGAAUGCAAGAUAUCCUUUUACAAUACAAGGUCGCUCAAACAUCUCUCUCGGACGCUCUGCGCACCAAGACGGAGGUUGAGAGGGCGCGUGAUAGCGUUGUUUCCGAUCUCGAGCGAGCUCUGAAGAGUAUUGGAGAACUUGAAGCCACUGAGUUGGAAUCAAUUUCCAGGGUCAAGUACCUCGAGGCUCAACUUGAGUCCGUUUCAGAUGCCCUAGACUCGAAGGAAACGGAACUUAAGCACUCUGCGCAAGCCCUGGUGGAGAUGCGACAUGAACGCGAUUAUCUGCAGAGUGAGCUCCAACGACUUGAAAGUGAGCGUCAAGUCGCUAUUGAUGCACGAGCGGCUUUAGAUAACGAUGCUUCUAAUGCGCUGGCACAGCUUGAUGAAUCCAUCGAGAAUCGUAAUCAGCUCGAACUUCGUCUUGCCGAAUUGGUUAAACGUCAUGAUGAUCUGGAGAAGUCAUCGGAAACUCAACGCGUAAAACUUCAAAAACAGUGUGAUUCUCUUACUGCAAAAUUGGAAGAGCUUUCAAGCGUCGAAGAACUCAAACGUGCCGAGCUCGAAGGAAAAUUGGACGGACAGUCUGCCGAAUUAGACCGCUCUCGUGCAACGUUAGAAGAAAAGCUCGCUGCCCGCGACGCCGAGCUGGAGCGCGUGCGCAGCGACCAGUCUGAGAGGCAAUCUGCUUUGGAGUUUGAACGCGACGGUCUUCGGGCUGAGCUCGAUGCACUUGUGUCCAAGCUUCAUGAACUCGAAGAGGUUCAGGCUGCUUCGCUGUCUGAUUUUGAUUCGCAGCGUGCUGCGCUUGAGGAACAGCUCGCUGCUCGUGACGCCGAGCUGGAGCGCGUGCGCAGCGACCGGGCUGAGAGGCAAUCUGCUUUAGAGUCUGAGCGCGACGGUCUUCGGGCUGAGCUCGAUGCACUUGUGUCCAGGCUUCAUGAACUCGAAGAGGUUCAGGCUGCUUCGCUGUCUGAUUUUGAUUCGCAGCGUGCUGCGCUUGAGGAACAGCUUGCCGCUCGUGACGCCGAGCUGGAGCGCGUGCGCAGCGACCAGUCUGAGAGGCAAUCUGCUUUGGAGUCUGAGCGCGACGGUCUUCGGUCUGAGCUCGAUGUACUUGUUUCCAAGCUUCAUGAACUCGAAGAGGUUCAGGCUGCUUCGCUGUCUGAUUUUGAUUCGCAGCGUGCUGCGCUUGAGGAACAGCUCGCUGCCCGUGACGCCGAGCUGGAGCGCGUGCGCAGCGACCAGUCUGAGAGGCAAUCUGCUUUGGAGUCUGAGCGCGACGGUCUUCGGGCUGAGCUCGAUGCACUUGUGUCCAGGCUUCAUGAACUCGAAGAGGUUCAGGCUGCUUCGCUGUCUGAUUUUGAUUCGCAGCGUGCUGCGCUUGAGGAACAGCUUGCCGCUCGUGACGCCGAUCUUGAGCGCGUGCGCAGCGACCGGGCUGAGAGGCAAUCUGCUUUGGAGUCUGAGCGCGACGGUCUUCGGGCUGAGCUCGAUGCACUUGUUUCCAAGCUUCAUGAACUCGAAGAGGUUCAGGCUGCUUCGCUGUCUGAUUUUGAUUCGCAGCGUGCUGCGCUUGAGGAACAGCUCGCUGCCCGUGACGCCGAGCUGGAGCGCGUGCGCAGCGACCAGUCUGAGAGGCAAUCUGCUUUGGAGUUUGAACGCGACGGUCUUCGGGCUGAGCUCGAUGCACUUGUGUCCAAGCUUAAUGAACUCGAAGAGGUUCAGGCUGCUUCGCUGUCUGAUUUUGAUUCGCAGCGUGCUGCGCUUGAGGAACAGCUCGCUGCCCGUGACGCCGAGCUGGAGCGCGUGCGCAGCGACCAGUCUGAGAGGCAAUCUGCUUUGGAGUUUGAACGCGACGGUCUUCGGGCUGAGCUCGAUGCACUUGUGUCCAAGCUUAAUGAACUCGAAGAGGUUCAGGCUGCUUCGCUGUCUGAUUUUGAUUCGCAGCGUGCUGCGCUUGAGGAACAGCUCGCUGCCCGUGACGCCGAGCUGGAGGGCGUGCGCGUUCAGUUUGAAGCUGAGAUUGCUGCGAUACUUUCUGAGCGCUGUGCUCACGAGGAAGAGCUUGAUCGCAUGCAGCGUCGACUGUCGCUAGUCGAAAAGGAGCGUCUCGAGUCUGAGCUCGCGUCUGAACUCGAGCUGGAGGAGCUUCGUGCCCAGCUUGCGGCGAUGAAAGCGGCGCGUGAUGACCUCAAGAGGAAAGACAAGAAGAGAGGCAAAAAGUUCGUCCGAGUCGAAGACCACUUGAAGGCGUUGCAUGAGCUUGAGCAGAAGAUCGUGGCUCGCGAAGCAACAAUUCAUAGGCUUAAGGAAUCCUCUAACGACGUAUUAAGUGCCAUGGACUCACAUGCUCAGCUUUUCUCUGAGAUGGAUGAGCCACUGGUGGAGCAACGCGAUCAUGCAGCUUCACAAGCAGAAACUCUGGCUUCUCUGAAGUCGGAAUGCCUCGCUCUUCAAGCAGAGCUGAAGCGCCUAGCUACUCGAGAAUCAAAUUCCGAUGACGCGUCGGGUGGGGAACAAGAUGUGGAAAAAUCAUACGACGAAGUGGAGCAGCGAUCUCGUCGCGCUCUUGAGUCGCAACUUUCGAUGACGCCAUUAAGCAACGCAAACAUCGUCUCAUUGCGUAUAGAGCUUGAAGCGAAGCUUGCCGAUCGGAACGCGGCAAUCGAUCGCAUUCGCGCUGAGAUGACGGAUUUGCAAGCAUUGACCAAUACUGAACGUGAAGCACUCCACGCUGAGACUGAGCAGUUGACUACUGUCGACGCGCCAUCUCAGCAGCAAUAUAUAAGUCAAGAGGCAAACAGGAAGAAAAAGAAGAGCAAGAAGAGAAGUAAAAAGUUCAUUCGAAUUGAAGGAAGCUUCAGCAAUAGGGACGCCAUGAUCGUUAAGAUUGCCAACCUUGAAGAAAGACUCGCGUCGUUCUCUGAUGACGCUGACAAUGCCUCAGGGCGAGCUUCUCUUGAGGCGCAGCUCGCUGCCCGCGACGCCGAUCUUGAGCGCGUGCUCAGCGACCAGGCUGAGAGGCAAUCUGCUUUGGAGUCUGAGCGCGACGGUCUUCGGGCUGAACUUGCUGAGUUGGAGCGUGUGCGCGCGGAGUUGAUCGAGUCUCAGGCUUCCGGGGAGUCUCGCUCUGCUCGCAUCGCUGAGCUUGAGUCUGAGCGCGCGUCGCUCCAGUCUGAGUUGGAUGCGCUUGUGUCCAAGCUUCAUGAACUGGAAGAGGUUCAGGUUGCUUCGUCGUCUGAUUUUGAUGCGCAGCGUGGUGCUAUUGAGGAACAGCUUGCCGCUCGUGAUGUCGAGCUGAAGCGCGCGCGCCAGGAUCUGUCAUCACUUGAGAUCGAGCGUGACUCGAUUGAAUUCGAGCUUGAGCGCGUGCUCAGCGACCAGGCUGAGAGGCAAUCUGCUUUAGAGUCUGAGCGCGACGGUCUUCGGGCCGAGCUUGCUGAGUUGGAGCGUGUGCGCGCGGAGUUGAUCGAGUCUCAGGCUUCCGGGGAGUCUCGCUCUGCUCGCAUCGCUGAGCUUGAGUCUGAGCGCGCGUCGCUCCAGUCUGAGUUGGAUGCGCUUGUGUCCAAGCUACAUGAACUGGAAGAGGUUCAGGUUGCUUCGUCGUCUGAUUUUGAUGCACAGCGCGCUACGCUUGAGGCGCAGCUCGCUGCCCGCGACGCCGAUCUUGAGCGCGUGCUCAGCGACCAGGCUGAGAGGCAAUCUGCUUUGGAGUCUGAGCGCGACGGUCUUCGGGCUGAGCUUGCUGAGUUGGAGCGUGUGCGCGCGGAGUUGAUCGAGUCUCAGGCUUCCGGGGAGUCUCGCUCUGCUCGCAUCGCUGAGCUUGAGUCUGAGCGCGCGUCGCUCCAGUCUGAGUUGGAUGCGCUUGUGUCCAAGCUACAUGAACUGGAAGAGGUUCAGGUUGCUUCGUCGUCUGAUUUUGAUGCACAGCGCGCUACGCUUGAGGCGCAGCUCGCUGCCCGCGACGCCGAUCUUGAGCGCGUGCUCAGCGACCAGGCUGAGAGGCAAUCUGCUUUGGAGUCUGAGCGCGACGGUCUUCGGGCCGAGCUUGCUGAGUUGGAGCGUGUGCGCGCGGAGUUGAUCGAGUCUCAGGCUUCCGGGGAGUCUCGCUCUGCUCGCAUCGCUGAGCUUGAGUCUGAGCGCGCGUCGCUCCAGUCUGAGUUGGAUGCGCUUGUGUCCAAGCUACAUGAACUGGAAGAGGUUCAGGUUGCUUCGUCGUCUGAUUUUGAUGCACAGCGCGCUACGCUUGAGGCGCAGCUCGCUGCCCGCGACGCCGAUCUUGAGCGCGUGCUCAGCGACCAGGCUGAGAGGCAAUCUGCUUUGGAGUCUGAGCGCGACGGUCUUCGGGCCGAGCUUGCUGAGUUGGAGCGUGUGCGCGCGGAGUUGAUCGAGUCUCAGGCUUCCGGGGAGUCUCGCUCUGCUCGCAUCGCUGAGCUUGAGUCUGAGCGCGCGUCGCUCCAGUCUGAGUUGGAUGCGCUUGUGUCCAAGCUACAUGAACUGGAAGAGGUUCAGGUUGCUUCGUCGUCUGAUUUUGAUGCACAGCGCGCUACGCUUGAGGCGCAGCUCGCUGCCCGCGACGCCGAUCUUGAGCGCGUGCUCAGCGACCAGGCUGAGAGGCAAUCUGCUUUGGAGUCUGAGCGCGACGGUCUUCGGGCCGAGCUUGAUGUGCUUCUGUGCAAGCUCGAUCGACAUGAACUGGCGGAAGCUGCCCAAUUAUCGACCGGUUCGGACGCUGAGCACAUCGCUCUGUUAUCGCAACUUAAGGACGCAGAAUUCGAACUGGACAGUAUGCGCGUUGCUCUUGCUAAUGAUCGAGUCGUGUUCGAGGCUGAACGCAACUCUCUCCAUGCUGAGAUCGACCGCCUGUUGGAGGUUGAGACAAAGUCCGAGCAAGCAUUGAAGACGGCAGAAGUUGCCCGAGAUCAAGCUCUGGCAACGGUGGAGACACUCCUACGUACACAACAGGAACUUGAGGAUAAGCUGCGUGAUAGUGAUUCAGCCCUUGAUGAGGCUCUGGCCGAUAUGCGAGCACUUCAGACGGAGAAACAACGUUACCAACUCGAUGUCGACUUGGCACGCUCUGAAUUGACGCGAAGUAGACAAGAUGUCGACGCAGAGCAAGUUGCUCGAUUGCAUGACCAAGUGUCGAAAUUGCUAGAGGAUAAGUCGUCGCUCGAGGCGGCUCUGAGAGCUCGUGAUAUCGAAUUGGAACAGGAGCGUGGUAAACAAGAUGAGUUAACCAAGGAAAAUUCCAAGCUGCGCGAAGAGUUACUGGAAGCCAAGGAGUUGGCGGAUCACUACAUGCUGCAAUAUUCGUCCGGACCAGAAUCAAGUGCCAGAUUCGAUGUCCUACCUGUGGACGCAUUUAACGCAGCCGAUGGGGCCUUCAUUCCAGAUUCGGCGGACGAAACUUUCAUCACUGCGUGCAAUAUGGUCCAACGCAUUGAAAUAGUGGCUCGUCGGCAGAAGCAGACAGAGGAUCAGUUGAGACUUGUCGAAGGAGGAGGUGAAGAUGGUUCCAUCGAUGCUCGAAUGCUUCGCGCUGAGUUAGACGCUAUGAGCGCCCAAAUUAGCUCAUGUCGGCAAACUCUCGCAACAUGUUCGCGAGGUCUCGGAGCGCUUGAACGCAGAAUUGCGAAAGAACUCGCCGAGCUCGGUAAAUCGGCGUCGCUCGAUGAAGCAUUGGAAGUGACGCAAACCCGCAUUAGAGACAUGGAAAGAUCUCUAUCGCAAGCGAGUGCAGAGUCGAGCGCUACUUUCAAAGAUCUGCAAUCUUCAAUCGCCGCGACAAGCACGACGGAGACCGGACACAUAAUCCCAGUGGAAUUCAGCGUUCCCUUCCAGACUAUUCCAGGACAACGGGUGCUUGCGGUCGGCACGUGGUGCGAUUGGUCCAUUCAAAAAGGUUUGAAGCUCACCUGGACUGACGGCAACAAGUGGACGGGAACAAUGAUGUUAAAUACUGGUUUGAACUACGAAUACAAGUACGUGGUAAUCGAGAAAAUUGUGGGCGCAGUACCCGGUGACACACCACCAUACUGGCCGCCGUGGGGUACGACCGAGCCGCGCAUGGAAUCGAUCUACGGUAACACGCACAUGAUCACGUGGCAACCCGGCAAUAACAAGGCCAUGGCACUCGAUAAUAUUCACACCCACGGCGUGGCGCGCAUCAACGUCGCCGAUGACUGGAUGGCGAACCCGGCGCAGUCGCCGAUUACUCUCUAUUCGGUUGACGGAGAGGUGCUGGAAGUCGUUGGGUCGACCGCGCUUCUCGGUGAGACGGUUGACCGAGCAGACCACGCUCUGACGGAGGCUCGUCGACAGGUGGAGAUGAUGGCCUCCAUCGCGAGCGCAGCGCUCUCCGAAGUGGACACGCAGCUUGCAAAGCAGGUGUCUGCACGUUUGGCUGAUAUUCGAGUCCAAGGCUCACUCGAAGCUGGCGGUGCCAGCACUCAGCACCGCCCGCGAUUGGCGUUACCCGAGACGAAACGAGAAGAAGAGGCCGAUUCGAAUAGCGAUGAUCCUACGUGGAUGUACAUCGGGCACGGAUGGGACGGUGAAGGCGAUUUCACAACUGAUGUGUCUGAUUCCACCCUUGGCGGUGGUCACGACGACGACGACGGCAUCGACAUCGUCUAA